GUGGUAUUCAAGAUGGCGACCGAGCCCGAGGGAAGCUCGGAAGAACAAGAGAGCCAUUUUUUGAAGCCGAUCGUGUAUUCACCCGAGGUCGAACAAGCCAUUUCAGAAGUAUUCCACAGCAAUGAUCCAUUGGACAGUAAGGACUUCAAUGCCGUGGAUUAUAUCAACACCAUAUUUCCUACCGAGCAGUCACUUACAAACCUUGAUGAAGUCGCAAAUAAAAUGAAAUUUAGAAUUAGGGGUUUGGAUGGGGAAAUACGCCAGGUAAUUCGUGGUCAAACAAAUGUUGGAUUGGAAGGCCGACAGGCUUUAGAAGAAGCACAACAGGCCAUUCAACAGCUGUUUGAAAGAAUCAAUGAUAUAAAAUCAAAAGCUGAAAAGUCUGAAAAAAUGGUGAAAGAAAUCACAAGAGAUAUAAAGCAACUGGAUUGUGCAAAGCGACAUUUAACUAAUUCCAUUACAACGCUAAAUCAUUUGCAUAUGUUGGUUGGUGGCGUAGAAAGUUUACAAAUGCUGACACGAAAACGACAAUAUAAAGAAGUUUCUAAUCUUCUCCAAGGAGUUCUCAACGUUCUUGACCAUUUCAAGAAGUACUCUGGCAUUCCUCAGAUUGCUGAGCUUGCUGACAGAGUGAAAACAAUUCAACAUGAACUUGGUACACAGGUUUUAACGGAUUUCGAGGAGGCGCUGUCUGCACGCGGUGUUAAGCCACCUGCUGGACCGAAUUCGUUGCUGGCCGAAGCCUGUCAAGUUGUUUGCGUUCUAGACAUCAAAGUUAGGGAAGAUUUAAUAAAAUGGUUUGUCAAAUUACAGUUGGACGAAUACGUUCAACUGUUUAGCGAUACACAAGAGGUUGGCUGGCUGGAUAAGAUUGACAGAAGAUAUUCAUGGCUGAAGAGAGCCUUAGUCAAAUUUGAAGAAGAUUUCAAGGGAACGUUCCCCCCUGAAUGGCAUGUCGAAGAGAAGAUUUGCGAGGAGUUUUGUCAUAUUACAAAGGACGACUUAGGGAAAACAAUGUCCGCUAGAACGGAUGAAAUUGACGUGAAACUACUUCUGUUUGCAAUCCAAAGGACAACGACUUUUGAAGGUUUUCUCGCAAAACGAUUCGCCGGUAGUUUGUACGAGACUAAUCAGCCGAAAACUGGUGAAGGCGAAAAAAACAAGAUCGCUGCUUCAAAAGAGUCGCGAUUUCUUGGUUUAAUCUCGAGAUGUUUCGAACCACAUUUACAUGUUUAUAUUGACUCCCAAGACAAGAACCUGGGUGAGUUACUUGACCGCUUCGUCACCGACUUCAAGUCUGUCGGCAUGGCCCAGAUCGAAAGUGACGGAAGCAACGUGAUCCUGCCAAGCGCUGGAGAGCUCUUUGUGUUUUACAAGAAAUGUUUAGUGCAGUGUUCUCAGCUCAGCACUGGGCCACCGCUUCUGUCGCUUGCAGCGACGUUUCAGAAAUACCUCAAGGAAUACGCCGCGAGAAUAUUGUCCGCCAAUAUGCCCAAAACAGCCACUCAAUCUGGCGGACUCGCGAGUAUACUGAAAGACAACGAAAUAAAAUUUAACAAAGAAGAUCAAACAUUGGCCUGCUGUAUUCUCUGCACAGCGGACUAUUGCUUGGAGACAACGCAACAGCUGGAGGAAAAGUUGAAGGAGAAAAUUGAUGUGGAAUUAUCAGAAAAAAUCGACCUUGUUAACGAGCAGGAUAUAUUUCAUUCUGUGAUAUCAAGUUCCAUUCAGCUGCUAGUUCAAGACACUGAAAAUGCUUGUGACGCCCCGCUCACUGCCAUGGCUAAAGUUCACUGGCAAAGUAUCGAGGCAGUUGGUGAUCAAAGUACAUACGUGACUGCCAUAGCAACGCAUCUUCAAAACAUAGUACCCGUCGUCCGUGACUACCUCACAUCAGUGCGGAAAUAUUUCACACAGUUUUGUGUCAAGUUUGCAAAUUCCUUCAUACCAAAAUUCAUCAGCCAGAUUUACAAAUGCAAGCCAAUAAGUACAGUGGGCGCCGAACAGUUGUUGCUGGACACUCAUUCUCUGAAAACCAUUCUGUUAGACUUGCCUUCACUUUUGUCUAAUGUAUCAAGGAAAGUCCCGGCAAGUUACUCCAAAGUGGUUUCAAAAGGCAUGGCCAAGGCGGAGAUGAUAUUGAAGGUUGUUAUGUCUCCUCAUGACCCUCCGGUUGGAUUCGUUGACAACUACAUCAAGUUGGUUGGCGAUGCUGACACUUCAAACUUCCAGAAAUUGCUGGAUAUGAAGGGUUUACGGCGUAGCGAGCAACACGCCAUGCUGGAUCUAUUCCGUUCACGUCUUCCAACACCGAGCACUCCAGACGCCAAGAGCUCAGCGUCGCCGGCAACGCCCGAGCUCGAGUCGAGCAGAAUAAAAAGACUGGAACGACUAAUUAAGAAGCAAUUUUAACAAAGACAACCGCUGCGCAUCGCUGGCUCGCAAAGAAAAUGGACAAGGGUUAGGUAACGCCAAAUUACUACUUUUCUUACGAAUGAGAAAGGUGCCUAUAAAUUUUAUUCAAUUUAAUUGGAUUAUGCAAACACACAAACAUAGUUGUUUCGUAAUGGAAUAAGAAAUACAAUUCGUGCGAUUAA